AUGCAUCCGUCAGCUUCGUUCUGGUCACUUGCCAGCUGCCUUGUGCUGCUCCUGCUUCCGUCCGGAAUCCGAUCGAUGUGCAACGACAACACUAAGCCGGGAUGCCGCCAUCCGGCCGAGCUGCGAAUCCCCCAGCGUCAUUGUAUGGAUCCCACCAAGUACUGGCUCUGCAACGACGCCGGCUUGGAAGCCCAACUCUGUAAGUGCCAGCCCAACACCGGAUUCGACCAGGACCUUAACGCCUGUGUGCCGUGGACCGCAUGGGAGUGGAAGCCAUGUCAGGAACCACCCAGUCGUCCUACUGGAUGGAUACCAUGCUAG